CUCUUUCCUUUCCCCCAUCUGGAUAAGAGCAGCAGCAGCAGGAUAAAGGAAAACCUGCCAAAUUACAAAGAAUUGGAAAUGAAAGUGAGCGAAAGAGAGAGCUGAUUCACUCCCAACAAUUGGCUACAAAUUGACAAAGCUCUGUAUUUUUCCAAACACGUUUUAAAGUUUCCCUUUCAAGACACUGCAUGUCGACCUAAACUGCUUUGGGGAAGUAAAAUCGACUUGUGAUGAACCUUAACCAAAACUGUCUCCGUCAGACAUGCAUGACUAUCUCUUCUUUGCCAUCAGCUGUCUCUGCAUUCUUCCUACUGGUCUCUGUGCCGAUAAAUGCGAAAAGAGUAUUCUGGCAAGACGUAACACAUUGUCUGUACCAGAGGGGGACAGUCUGUCUCUGUCCUGUGUGGUCCUGCACUGUGGAGACACCUGGGAAGGGAACUGGACAUGGAGUAAAUCAACAGGUGGAAAAACCAACAACACUGAAAACUCUGACAGGCGUUAUUCCACCAAUGUGAUACUCUCAAUAAAUAAAACCAGCAUGGUUUUGAAUUUCGUGAGGGUCAGCCAAUCAGAUGAGGGUUACUAUGGAUGCAAGGUUAAGUGGAGUGAGGGUGUCACUGAACAGGGACAUAUGACAUACUUGAACAUCACUGCAGCUGUCCCAUCUCAGAGGAACUUGAUCCACAGGAUUUUGGUCUGUGGCAGUGCUUGUGUUUGUCUUCCUGUCAUUCUGGUAUUAGCCCGCUGUCUGAGUUCGGGGGUCAAGAGUCAGUCAUGUAACAGGUCACAGGCCGUAUAUGCAGCUAUUCGCAGAGACCAACCACCACAGCCUCCACCCCGACGCCCAAUCCCAAAGAAACGUAGCACUUCCUCUCACAAAGCUCCUCCCAAGUCCCAGCAGAACACUGAGGUGGUGUAUGCAGACAUUUCCAAGGUUGCACUGAGUCAGCCGGGAGCCACCAAAGAGCCCGCACAGUCCACUGUGUACUCAUCCGUCAGAUUUUCCUGACUGCAAUUGAAGCAGAGUAGAGCUGAAGAGUUCUCUGCUGGGGAUAAAUUAUAAAUUACUUUUUGUGGGAUACUGCUAAGUCCUUGAUGUUUUGAGAAAAAGAUGACAUGGACACACAGAGUCCCGGAGCUUCUCACUUGCAGAACUGCAUCUCUUGAUAAAUACUGGACUAUUCAUCCUUCUUGAGCUCAAGACUUCACCUGCCUGCUCCUCAUAAAAUCACUGGACAAAAUAAGAUACAAAAGAUUGCAGCAGUGUAUUUUUGUUAUUUUGUAUUGAUGUCUAUAGACUCUCCAGAUUACACUGUGAGGUAGUGACUGUUUUAAUGAUGAAGAAGAGAGACAUGCCAAAAAUCCCUCAUAUGCAGGUAGCAUAUGAGGCAGCUAGUGGAAAAAGAUAAUGAGGUGAUAUUGCAACAAACCAGCUAAACCACUCUGAGGUUUUGCAAUUUCACGCCACAAUUUCACUGAUGUUAACAGUCUUAUUGUUUUGAAAUGUGACCACGGACGACAUAAAAUGUGAAUCCAAUUUUGUGUUCAUGCACAUAUUAAACUGUGGGCAGAAACACG